UGGUGAAACGUAUCUUUGGUGAAAGCAGCUAGCUCAGCGAGGAUACUUAGGCCUAGGUUGCACUUCCUGUGUAGGAAUAAAAGUGAAUGAAGAAACGAAUUCAGUGUAUAGCUUAAAAUUCCGUAUUUUUGGAACGGGAAGAUGGAUUUACUAGUAGGAGCGUUGACUGGUGUUGCGGCUUUUACAGCUGGUCCGUAUCUAUUAGGUUUUACUGGAGCUGGAAUUGCAGCAGGAUCCAUUGCAACCAAACUCAUGUCGGCUGCUGCCAUAGCUAACGGAGGAGGAGUUGCAGCUGGGAGUGCUGUUGCUGUACUGCAAUCGGUAGGGGCUGUUGGACUAAGUGUGAAAGGCUGCGCUCUUGUUGCCGCUGGAGGCGCUGCAGUUGCACAUGGAGUAAAUAUUCUCUGGCGACAUGUACCUGAAGGAGGAAGAGGAGAUCAAGACGAGGAGGAUGAAGAAGAACAAGAAGAAAAUGAGAAGGAAGAGAAGGGCAAGCAGAAAAAGAAGAACGGUAGUACUUUUGAAGGAGGCAGAGGGGAAGGAGACAAAAUAAAGAAAUCAUAGGUCUUAGAACAAGAAUAUCAGACGUGUUUGUUUAAAGUUAUUAAUCUAACAAAAUUAAAGCCUUUUAAAAUGUGUUGCCACCGGUACUAGAUUUUUGGAAAUAUACACUAAAACCGUCUGGGCAUUAAUCACAAUAGAUGUCAGACUUAAGUUAAAUGAAUGUCUCAGCCACUUUAUGCUCUCAUUUAUAGGUCUAGCAAAUGUUGGAUCUUUACAGUUGCCAUCACAGGUAUGCUAUACGGUACUGUAUAUUAAUUCCACGUCCUAUUUUACUCCAACCAUUAAUAUUAUACUGUACCACUUUUCAAAAUUGAAGUUUCCUACCUGACGUAAAAGCUCUCAUUAUUAGCGCCUACAGUACCGUAACCCUAUUAACUUCGGGACCAAAAGGUGUCCACUAAUGUAGGGUUAUUCCCUGAAUUAACAUUUAAAACAACAGAACAUUGCUGCAUAAUGAAAGUGAUAUGAAUAAAUAAUGAAAUAUUAUCAUUUUUGUUACAAUACCUUAUUGAGCUUUAUUGCAUGCACAAGAAGAUACAGUAGAAUAAAUAGGGAGUACCGCAAUGACUCUGUCUCUGUCCAAAUUAUCCAAUUUUCUUUUACAAAACACUCUUGUUUGCCCAUAUAUAGUCAUGAUGUGCCUAUAUAUGGUCAUGAUGUGCCUAUAUAUGGUCAUGAUGAUCAUAUUUAGGCAUGUUACAAGUUUAUGCCAAAUGAAGAUGAUAGUCUGGACAGGACUUUAGAAAUUAGCGUACAGGUUAUGGAUUUGAAUCCGAUAUGAAAGCAAACGUGGAAAAAAAAAUAUUGAUUUGUAUGACGGUUGUCAUUGGUUUGUACAUGUAGUAGAGUAACAGUAAUAAUUCCAUCAAAUCCAUAUUGGACAUUUAACUGAAAUGCUGUGAAUACUGGAUAUAGUAGGCCAAUAGCCACCGAUAUUCAUUUUAAGGAUCAGGAAAAAAUGGGUU